AUGACGGAUACGACGGGAAUAUCGACGCCCUCAGCACCACACACCCGUCCUCUAGGCCUCAACACAACCUUCUCCGCCCUCAAACCGACUCGAUUAUCCCCUCCACCAGCCACUCCACCACCCCCAUCAGAACCGACCUCGGCAUACCCGCACCUAGCGCCGCACAUAGCGCGCCUGCCACCCGAGCUCUUGCAUCUGGUGUUCGAGCUCGUGAAGAGCGAGGUGUGCGCGGAGUACGAGAAUGCGCCGACGGAGAGGGAGGGCACGAGGAAGCCGGAUUGGAUGGGGUGGAGGAAUGUCACGCAGGUCUGUCAGCGCUGGCGUCGAAUCGCCCUCGCCUCGUCGACCCUCUGGCGCGAGAUCAAAUUCCGCCGCGUGGGCCUCGCCUGGGGCCUCGAAAUGCUCUCCCGCUCGCGCCUCAGUCCGCUCAAAAUCGAGCUCGGCCACGCGCCCACAUACACCGGCUUCCCCUCCGAAUCCCACUCCCUCCACUUCGCCACCACUUUACUCACUGAGCCGCAGCACGCGAAGCGCCUGCAGACGUUCACGCUGUUCGGCGUGGACAUGGAGUGUGUUGCGAGUUUGCUUUUUGUGGGUGAGGAGGGGGGGUUCGAGGGGUUGGAGGAUUUGCAGGUCGAGACGAGGUGGGAUGAUGUGAGGGUUAGCUUUGAGGGGCUGAGGCGGACUAUGCCGCGUUUGCGCGAGCUGAGGCUGUACGGCCCGCUCAUCACACACGCGCCGUCCGAACCGCUCAUACACCUCACACACCUGAAUCUGCAACACGAUAACCCCGCAUCAGGCCUCUCGGGCUUACUCCUGCCCGACAUCCUACGGCUUCUACCCAGCCUCGUCGAUCUGCAAUUGACCGACGUAUUUCCACCGAGAGAUCUGAUCGAGUGCAUGCCGCCCAUCCCCCUCGCGAAGACCGUGCAGACGAUCGCGCUCACGACGCGCUGGCGCGCCGAAUGGGCCAUCGCCUUCGGCCGCGUCCUUUCCCACCCCUCCGCCGCGCGCGAAUACGUGCUGGAAGACUGCGACUCUACGCACUUGUCGUCUCUACUGGCGCGAUACGCUGGAUCCGAGGGGGGGAGAAGGCCGAGCCAGGUGGGCAUCGUAGUGGGCCACCCGACGAACAGCGUUACGCUGAGCGUAUGCUACGACCCCUGGGCGCGCGAUCCGCCGCAGGACGCACGAUUACCGCGCCAUAAUUUCGCAGUGACGUUCGGCGAUCGGCCGGAGUUGUGGGACGUCGUGCGGGAUAACGUGGAUCUGCGGGGCGUGUGCGAUGUUGGGUUUGAGGACGACGAGGAUAUGGAGGACGAGCUGAGGCGGGCGAUCGAGGAGGAGGGCGGGGUGGAGGCGGUUAGGGAUAUGCGGUGGACGGGGAAGGAGAGGUGGAAGAUUUUUGGAGGGGCGCCGGUGCAAAGGAUACGCGUUACGGGGCUCGCGUGCAGGAAUCUCUUCUCGAUCCUCUCUUCCCCGCCCGAAUGUCCUUCCUGCGACGACCCCACGACGACAACGCCCUGCGGCCACCUCCCCUCGCUCUUCCCCCUCCUGUCCGAACUAACCAUCCUCGAAUCGCCCUCCCUCGACUCGCCCCGCCCCGCCCGUCCUCUGGGCCCCGCGCCCUUUGCAAAUGGAACUGAUUUGGUGCAGGCUGUUAAGGCGCGGCAGAAGAGGUUUGGGGGAAGGAUCGGCGAGGUGAAGGUCCCGGAUCGGUUUUUGUAUGAUGUGUGGGUCGACGAGGUGCUGGUGGAGGUGGGGCGGGUUAGUAAUAGUCGGUAUCGGUAUUUUUGA